AUGGAGAAAAACAUUUCUUGCAUUUUGCAGUAUGCAUUCCUAAUUACCAUAACCUUCCCAAUGAUUUCUUCUGAAGCCAAACAACCUAUGAGCCUCGCAACUGAUCAAACUGCCCUUCUUUCACUCAAACAUAGAUCUCUUUUACUUGCAACUAAUUGGACCAACUCGAGCUCCGUCUGCAGCUGGAUUGGCGUCACUUGCAGCUUGCGCCACCACAGAGUAGCUGCCUUGAAUCUCUCCAACAUGGCUCUCUCCGGCACCAUUCCACCACAGCUCGGACACCUCUCCUUCCUCGUCUCCCUCGACCUCUCCAACAACCUUUUCUAUGGAGAUUUGCCACAGGAACUGUCUCUCCUUCGCCGUUUGAAGUUCAUAUCUUUCCGACUCAACAACUUCACUGGAGACAUCCCUCCGAUGUUGGGUCAGUUACCAAAAUUAGAGCACUUGAAUUUACGCAACAACAACUUCAUAGGUUCCAUCCCAAAAUCGCUCUCAAACCUCACAAACCUACGAUUUCUUGACUUAACUUCCAAUUCUCUGAGUGGAGAAAUUCCAAAAGAGUUGGGAAGACUUCAAAGUCUACAAACUCUGUAUGUUCGUUCUAAUCAUCUCUCCAAUGUUAUACCAUCAGCCAUAUUCAACAUAUCGACCCUUGUAGUUAUAGCAUUGAGAGACAAUGAACUGAGCGGAAGUCUUCCAACAAACAUUUGCAGUAAUCUUCCAUUUCUUGCUGAGCUUGGUCUUUCUUUCAAUCAGCUGAGUGGUGUGAUUCCCACAAAUCUAUCCCAAUGUUCACGGCUUGAGGUGUUGAGCCUCUCUUACAACUCUUUUAGUGGGGAGAUACCUUCAGAAAUUGGCUACUUAACAUCUCUUCUGUAUUUAGCUCUUGGAGCUAACAAUUUGAAUGGAAUACUACCACAUGAGAUUGGCCAUCUUCAAAGUCUGGUUACUUUUGGUGCUGGACCGAAUGAGAUUGCGGGCUCAAUUGAUUUCAAUAUUUUCAUGAAUAUGUCUUCUCUGCAAACCUUAGUACUAGCGCGUAACAAAUUCACGGGAAACCUUUCGAGGAAUAUUGGGAAUAUUACCAUGCUAACAGAGUUACAACUCCAGGAAAACCAUUUUACAGGGCUUAUUCCCACUGAAUUUGGCCAACUUUACCAUUUGGAGAGAUUAUCAUUAUCAUGGAACACCUUGAGUGGUUCGAUUGCAAUGCUUUGUCGGGGGUUCUUCCAACCCAUUUAUGCUUCCAACCCAUUUAUGCCAUGUGGUUAUAUACCUACUCAUCUCGGCAACCUAAGACUUCUUCAAACUCUUCAACUGUUCAGCAACAAUCUUACCCAGGCACCAUCUUCUUCCUUCAUUACGUCAUUGACAAAUUGCAGGUCUCUAACUCUUUUGUCAAUUGAUAAUAAUCCUCUAAAUGGUGUCAUUCCAGCUUCUAUCGGGAACUUAUCUUCCUCACUUCGAACAUUCACUGCCGGCAAUUCCAAAUUCAGUGGAAACAUUCCCGUUCAAAUAGGCAAUCUAAGCAAUUUGAUGGCAUUGUCUUUGAAAGCAAAUGAGUUAUCUGGUAAUAUUCUACUAACUAUAAGCCAUUUGCAUGAACUUCAAGGAUUAGAUCUGUCUAAUAACAUGUUGGGAGGCUCAAUACCACAUGCUAUAUGUGAUCUAUUCAACCUCAAUACUUUAGAUAUGAGCAAGAAUCAAUUUUCAGGCCAAAUUCCUAAAUGUCUGGGAAAUAUCUCUUCUUUAAGAAAACUUUAUCUAGACUCCAACAUUUUGAAUUCAAGCAUACCAUCAAGCUUAUGGGGCCUAAAAGAUUUGAUCAAUCUAGACUUGUCCUCAAAUUCAUUGAAUGGGUCACUACCUCUAGAGAUGAAUAACUUAGGAGCAGCGAUCUAUAUAAAUCUAGCGAUGAAUCAGUUGUCAGGGUCAAUUCCGAGCAUUAUCGGAAAGUUGCAGAAUGUGGUUAAUCUGUCUUUGGCAAAUAAUAGACUAGAAGGUUCUAUUCCUGUGUCUAUGGGAAGCAUGAUCAGUUUGGUAAAUCUCGACUUGUCGUACAACAACCUCUCUGGUUCAAUUCCAAAAUCUUUAGAAGCACUUCAAGACCUCGACUACUUUAAUGUCUCUUUCAAUAGUUUAAGUGGAGAAAUUCCUAAUGGAGGUUCUUUUAGAAACUUCACUAUAGAUUCUUUUAAGGGUAAUGAGGCAUUGUGUGGAAUCCCCAAGUUCCAUGUCCAAAUUUGUUCUUCAAUUUAUAAUCACAGAUCAAAGAGAAAGAAGGUGGAACAAGCUCCAUUUAUUAUUUUCGGGGUUGUGGCUUUCAUCUCAGUUGUUUCUUUGGCCUUUAUAAUUGUCAGAUACAAAAGGAAAGAUAAGAGGACUAGAGAAGUUGAUGAGUUGGUAUUUAUUGUGCCGGAAAGAAUCUCUUAUUAUGAACUGCUACAAGCAACGGAAAGAUUCGAUGAAAGCAAUUUACUUGGCACUGGGAGUUCUUGCUAUGUUUAUAAAGGAAUUCUUAACAAUGGGAAGGAUAUCGUUGUCAAGGUGUUCAAUAUGCAGCUAGAAGGUAUUUCAAGAAUAUUCGAUGUCGAAUGUGAGAUACUACGUAGCAUUCGACACAGGAAUCUGACAAGUGUCAUAAGCAGUUGCUCCAAUGAAGAGUUCAAGGCAUUAGUACUUGAAUAUAUGCCAAAGGGAAACCUUGAAAAAUGGUUAUAUUCCCACAACUAUUGCUUGAAUAUGAUGGAAAGAUUGAAUAUAAUGAUUGAUGUUGCAUCUGCUUUGGAGUAUCUUCACCACGGUUAUUCAAUGCCCAUUGUCCACAGCGACUUGAAGCCUAGUAAUGUGCUGUUAGAUGAAGACAUGGUUGCCCAUGUAAGCGACUUUGGGAUAGCAAAGUUGUUAUGCGAUGGAGAUGGCUUUGCGUUAACCAACACGCUAGCAACAUUUGGUUACAUCGCUCCAGAGUAUGGCUUGGAAGGGCUAGUUUCAACAAGGUGUGAUGUGUAUAGCUACGGGGUGAUGUUGAUUGAAACUUUUACGAGAAAAAGGCCUAGGGAUGAUAUGUUUUGCGGAGAUAUGAGCUUAAAGAGAUGGGUAGAACUCUCACUUUCGGAGUUCCCAGAUGAAGUGAUAGAUACCAACUUAGUCAUGAAUUUGGAGGAAGAAAUGAUUGACAAGAAUAUGCAGUGUGUAUCAUCCAUACUUGAAUUGGCUCUGAAAUGCUCUGUGGACUCUCCUGGGGAUAGAAUCAACAUGAAACAAGCACAUGCAGAGUUGCAAAAAAUCAAACAUCGAUUUUCCCAAUGAGAUUGAAGUAAGCUAUUUCAAAGUUCUAUGUUAUUUCUAAGAUAAUAUUGUUCUAUUACGAUUUACUUAUUUUCCCAAUAAUAUUCGUGUUUCACAUAUCUUUCGUGAAGGGAACCAAGUUGCUGACAUUAUGGCAAAUCCAAAUACUCCGACUGGUUGGUGGAAUCAUGCUAUUCCCUUGAUUGAGGAAGUCGUUCAAAAGGAUAUUUAUAUCCCAAAUUUCUAUCGCAAAGUUAGCUAAUGAUGUCUUCUUCAUUUGGUGGCUUUGAUGAGGCAUGUAGUGUUGAAGAUUUUGAAGAGGCAGCAGAUGCUAAUUGGGGUGAGGCAUUGGAUAUUGGUGAGGUGGAUGUCAUAAAGAAUAGAAAAUUUGGCUUGGUCCUUUUGUUGGUUUAUGCUGUCAUUGUUAGUUUGUUCUUCUUGUUUAU